AUGGGAUCAAUCCAGGUGGAAGAGACCGCUCCGACGGUGACCAUCCCACAGGGGACCAUCGUAGGAACAGUUCUAGAGAAAGACCUCAAGCGAAAAAUCGAUGCAUUUCUCGGGAUCCCGUAUGCCUUGCCGCCUGUGGGAGAGCUUCGUUUCAAGCGACCGGUGAAGGUCCCUCAAUCUUCGAAAGUGAUACACGCCACUGCAUAUGGCCCAGCAGCGCCCGGCAAACAACUCCUCGUGAGCGCCCGGAAAUUCGAGUACAGUGAAGACUGCUUGACAGCCAAUGUGUUUCGUCAGAGCUGUCCAUCGUCAGAGAACAGCAAGCUAUUGCCCGUGAUGGUAUACCUACACGGAGGGGCCUUCAACCGGGGCAAUUCGUCUAUGCACAAUACUGCAUCGAUGGUGUCGUGGUCGGAACAGCCUUUCGUCGCCGUGUCGUUCAAUUACAGAAUUGGAUCGCUGGGCUUUCUCCCAUCCAGCGUGAGCGCGAAGGAGGGGAUCCUGAACCUAGGCUUGAGAGAUCAAGAAUUGCUGUUCGAGUGGGUGCAGGAGAAUAUCGAGGCCUUUGGAGGCGACAAGACGGACGUCACGCUGGUGGGAAUGUCAGCAGGGGCACAUUCGAUCGGCCACCACAUGAUGCACCACACGACCAGCAACCCGGGCCCAUUCCACCGAGCGAUCAUCGAGUCCGGGUCCCCGACCUCGCGCGCCGUGCGUCGCUACGACGCCGCCAUCCACGAAGAGCAAUUCGCCGACUACCUGCGCGAAGCGGGCUGCCCGGCCGACCUCCCGGAAUCCAAGAUCUUCCCAUUCCUGAGAUCCCUCCCCCUGGGGGUCAUCACCAGGGCCCAAGACGCCGUCUUCGACAAAUAUAACCCGUCGCUGCGCUGGGCGUUCCAGCCCGUCAUCGACUGCGACAUCAUCCCGCGCGCGCCGCUCGAGACGUGGAGGCUGGGCGAUUACUAUAAAAUCCCGAUCAUGACGGGGUUCAAUCAUAAUGAGGGCUCGCUGUACGUCGACAAGCAGAUGUCCAAGCCAGAGGAAUUUACCGAGUUUUUCCAAACCCUGCUACCAACCCUCUCGCAAGACGACAUCGAAACCAUCGACAGACUAUACACCGAUCCGGUAUCCGGAUCUAGCUCCAGCUCCAGCUCCGCGGACCAGCCUUAUGCAAUCCCUAGCACCAUGAAAGGCCAAGUCGGCGCACAAUACCGGCGCAUCGAAGCUGCAUACGCACACUACGCGUACGUCGCACCGGUGCGCCAAACUGCACACCUGGCCUCCUCACACGCGGACGCUCCACCGGCAUACCUCUACCACUGGACACCUAUCACCACCGUGGUCGGCGGCGCCAGCCACGGCGACAACAUGCGGUACGAGACGUUCAAUCCCGACGUGGUGUCGAAAUCCUCCAGCCAGAGAGAACUGGCCGGCACGCUGCACGCGUACCUGACGAGCUUCAUCUGUAACAAAGGCGACCCGAAUGCUCUCGCAGGGGAGUGGAGUGAUCGCCCGACCUGGGAGGCGUACAACCAUGAUGAGCCGAAGACGAUGGUCUUCGGGCAGGGCAAUGAGGAGCUCGUCGGUGGCGGGGUCGGAGUUGCGGCGAAGAUGGAUCGGGAUCCGUGGGCGGACAAGGAGUGUCAGUUCUGGUGGGACAAGGUCGAGUUGUCGCAGCAAUAG